CAAAGGUAGAGGAGACAGUACGCAGUCAGCGCGCCUCGAGACGACGCCGCCCGUCGCUCGAUCCCCAGCUAUACGAACUCGAUACACGAACGAACAGCCGCUCAAUUCACAGCCUUCCAAUGAAUAUUUAAUCGCUCCAUAUUCUGCCGGCGAAUGAAUGAACGAAUUUACCGACCAUGACUCUCUUGUUGACACGUAUGUAAAAGUCUGCAAAGUUCAUUCGAUUGCGAUAUCGAUGGGGUAAUACAUGAUGCACGGAGAAAGACAUGUGCCGUGGUCAGCGGCCACUCUCGUGGUGUUGCUGCUAAUUAUCCACAAUGCAUCAUCUUCCGACGAAUCCCUAUUCCCGCGCUUCGUAGAGCCAGUUUCCAACGUGACUGUGACGGUGGGCCGCGACGCGCUGCUCGCUUGCGUCGUUGAAGAUUUGCGGGGAUACAAGGUGGCAUGGGUCCGCGUAGACACGCAGACGAUCCUGAGCAUCCACCACAACAUAAUCACGCAGAACCCUCGCAUCAGCCUGUCGUACAACGACCACCGCUCCUGGUACCUGCACAUCAAGAACGUGCAGGAGGUGGACCGCGGCUGGUACAUGUGCCAGGUCAACACUGACCCUAUGAGGUCUAAGAAAGGAUAUCUGCAAGUUGUGGUGCCUCCAGUAAUCAUAGACAACCAGACAUCAAUGGACAUGGUAGUGCGGGAAGGCACUAACGUGACGAUGGUGUGCCGUGCUACCGGAUAUCCGGAACCGUACGUCAUGUGGCGGAGGGAGGAUGGCCAGGAGUUCAACUGCAAUGGUGAAUCUGUUAACGUGGUAGACGGUGAAAACCUGACGAUAUCCAAGGUGUCCCGACUGCACAUGGGUGCCUACCUGUGCAUAGCCUCCAACGGUGUGCCACCUUCCAUCAGCAAGCGAGUGUUUCUCAUGGUCCAAUUUCCGCCAAUGCUGUCGAUACCAAAUCAACUCGAGGCCGCUUACAUAGGCCAGGACGUGACGCUGGAGUGCCACACUGAAGCAUACCCCUCAUCUAUUAACUACUGGACCACCGACCGUGGAGAUAUGAUUAUUACAGGUACAAAAUAUGUCACGUUUCUUAGCGACGACCACUAUACCAGAAAAAUGAAAUUAACGAUACGGAAGGUGUCAUCUAGGGACUUCUCUUCAUAUCGCUGUGUCGCCAAGAACUCCCUCGGCGAGACGGACGGGCUCAUUCGACUUGAUGAAAUCCCCGCCCCAUCGACAGUGAGCACGACAUCUUCUUACACUACGCACCCGCCCAAGAAAAAAGUCAAACCCAAAAAUGCUUGGAGGGACAGUUCAGCUGAAAAUAGAGUUGUUGGAGACUAUGAAGUUGAGGAAUUAAAAAGAGAGUACGACGAGGCAUCUGAUUCAUCAGCAUCAUCAAGGGCUGUUGGAUCUCUGUUCAUCAUCCUAUCGGCCGUGAUCAUCAGCAGCUGACAAGAGCUAUUCGCUCAUAUAAAUACCAUAUCAUAGUGCCAACCCGUCUUUGUGCUAAACGAGAUACGAAAAUUUCGCAGUGAUACAUUUAAACUAGCAUGUCGAUAGUAUAGCUUUAUAGAUGUAGAUCGAUAUAACCCUAUUCGGCAAAGUUUCAAUUCUACAUACUGAAUAAUACAAGAUAAAUGUUCUUCUUCCUAUGAUUUCAUAUAUUAUGGUUAUUUUGAUUCACGUCUGUGCUCCAUGCUCUGAUGUUUUAACACGUACUUUGAUCAUUUAUCACAAUGUUUUAUCGAAGUUUUUACACCAUUUUAUCAACAUAGGAAUAUCUUAAUAUUAAACAAAUAUAGAACAAAGAUUAAAAGUUAAUUUUUAAGUUUUUGAAUGUAGAAUUGCAACUUUAAACGAACAAAAUAAUUAAAAAUGAGUGUAACUUGUAUAUAUGUAUAAUAAGUGUUGUACAACAUCGAAUUUCUUAAUUUCUGUUAUCUGAUAACUAAACAUAAUAAUAUUUAUAUCUACCAUUUGUUGUAAAUAUAUUUUAGAUCUAUUACACAAAAGACUGAUAGGUUUGGUAUGAAGAAAAUGUGCCAUAUUAUGUUCAUAUCUAUGUAUUAUCAUUAAAUAUAGAUAUAUUAUAGUAGUUAAAUGGAUAAAGUAGUCGAAUAAAAUAAUAUUUAAUACAGUAAAUAGAUACAAAUAUUAGCACGCAACUAUAGCUUAAGUAGAAAAUGUUUCAUUGAUAGAAAAUGUACAUUACUUACAAUAUUCGAAUAGGAUCAAAAAAUGCAAUUGAAUAUAUUUUUGAAAUUAGAUACAUUUCUUUUUUUUAUUUUACCAGAAAUUAUCAGAAGGUUGCCAGUAAUAUUUCAGAUUCAACAUUUAAAUUUACUUAAAACAUACAAACGAAACGAGCUGUCUUGGACGCUCAAAACGUCCCAUUGCCAGUAAAAAAUAUAGAUUUGGCUGCAAGAGCCAAGGAAAAUAUUUACAACGCGUCGGGCGGGUCGGGAGUAGUCGACACUUCAUGCCAAAUGGUGUACGCACUUGUGCAUGUGCAGUGCACGCUAACAUUCCCACACAAAUAAUAAAAAGCUUAGAAAUCACUCUUGACACAAUAAUGUGAUGACGUUAUUUAAUUUGCGGUAGUAUAUAUUUCUUGGGUUUUGUUUAUUAAAAUACAAAAUAUUUAUAUAAUCUACGGGUGUAUUUUAAUAAAAUUUGAUACACAACAAACACACAAUCGAACAUCAUGUCAAAAUACAAACGACUGCUUGUAUUUUAGUGCGAUUGAAAAAUAUCGAAAUAUCUUUCUUCACUCUGCAACAUUUAUAAUACAGCUGACAUAACUACGAAUACAAACAGUGUCGAACAAGUGCUCGCUGCUGAUAUAGUCACAGCGUGAUUUUCUACAGUCGCAGACAUUGAAGUUAAAUCCCAGGGAAAAUGUUAGCACUUUUGUGUCUAUUUUGACAAUUUUCUAAUUGAAUAUGAUAGAUAUUUUUACUGUAAAAAUUAUAAUAAAUCGUUAGUAAUGAAGUAUUGUGAAAAUUCUUCAUUCUUAUUGUGAAUACAUUUGUCGUCAAUAUGGACCCAAAACCUAAACAAUGAAAGUGUGAUAAAACUUUAAUAUUUUUUCUGUAUCAGUGUAUCAAUACAGUAUCAGUGUUUACAACGAAUGGGUGGUGGUGGAAAAUUUCGAGUAUUUAAAAAAGGCAGUUGGUUUUUGUUUUCUGUAAUUUAUUUCUAUUAUCUUCAAUAGAUAUAGAAGUAUUUUUAUGAUGGAGUAAGUUAUAUGUAAGUAAGAUCUUAAUUUAAGCCACUAUAUCAACUUUACAUAAUCAAUAUACAUUUGUAAAAAUAUUGUAUUCGUAAACCAUCUUGAAUGACUUCAUACACUUACAUGUUAAUAGUCAAAUCUUUUUCUGUACACAUGAUAAUAAAGUUAAAGAAAAUAAUUAUACCAUGUUUUUGUCAGAAUUAUUUCUAUUUUAUGCUUUUCAUGAAACUUAAACAUGUAAAUACAUUAACUUCUGCAAUAAAGACAAUAUGGCGUGCUUUGUAAUAUAAAUAAAUAGCUGUAAAGUUACUAUAAAUAUUCGCCGUGAAGCUUUAUGUUAUCUAUAAUGUAUUGUAGACAGUAACUUAUCACAUAACGCGCAUAUUAGAGUGAGAAGUAUGAAGUAACUUGUUAUAAUUAUAAAAAUACAAUUUUAUUGAAAUAAAAUAUAUUUGUUUGAACUUAAUAAACAACGAAACGAAAUUUUAAAAUAAAUAUUAUAUUUUGUUGUAUAUGUGUGCGUACGUAUAAAUAAACGGAAAAAAUACAGUAAUAAAACGGGUUUCUUAAAUAAACAACUUCAAUUUUAGCUCACGUUUCUCACUCAAUUUUAUACUCUUUUGAUAAAAAAGCUAACUUUACAAUAGACCCGAAUAGUUAUAAUUUGAACCAUUUCUGAGGCUUUAAAUGUAAUCCCGGUGUAUUUACUAUCCUGUAUCAUAAACGAAGGUUUUAUAGUUUCUUGUCAAAAUUACAUAUCUUCGGAAUGGUCCAGUCGCGCGUUGAAUUGUAUAGUAAUCGUUAUCGUUAGCUGAUGUAAAGUUCUAAUAAAUGAUUUUUAUAAAAAAAUA